UAUCUAUCGCUGAAAUCAUAUGUGCUCGGAGCGAAAAGUAAUGAAGAAUCUUAAGUUAUAUUUCAAUUUACGCACGUCGUCAACAGUUAAAGAACACUUGAGAAACAUUAAAUAAAAAUUAUAAAAUUUACAAUACCUGCCGAAAGAAAUGGCAGGAUUGGAAAGUUACGAAAGAGUGUAUCGAGGACGUUUGGUAGAAACUCAGGAUGCAAAAUUUUAUUUGCAACAAAAAUACCAUGGUCAUGAUGUUAUUCAUCCUUUGGAUAUAUCGACUCCUCAUCCUUUAGCAGAAGAUAGUCCACCUCAUAACGAUGAUGUCGUGGUAAAAAAGUAUAUAGUAUUAGGAUGCAGUCUAGUUGGUCUAAUCACAGAAAAUUUAUUGAUUCAUCCAUUUAUUGUCUUAAGACGACAAUGUCAAGUCAAUCCUGGAUCCAGUAAUUAUCAUUUGAUACCAUUUACUUUAAUUCCUAUAAUGGCACGAUUACAUCAGAGUCAAGGUUUAAAUACUUUGUGGAAAGGAAUUGGUUCUGUCUUAUUAGUAAGAGGCAUGACUCUAGCAAUCGAAGAUUUGAUUUCUAAGCUUACACCAUGGCCAAAAGAAGUAACAUGCAAUAGUUCUUUGAAAGCUUUUGGUCAACACAUACUUCUCAAAUGUGUAUCUCUAGGCAUAGUAACUCCAUUUUAUUCUGCUUCACUUGUGGAAACCGUACAAUCUGAAAUAGCAUCUGAAAGCCCUGGCAUUCUAGAUGUCUUCCGAGAUGGUGCUUUACGUUUGGUUGAAAUUAGCAAUAAAGGCAGACUCAUACCUAUUUAUGCUCUUCUACCGCCUACUAUAGCUUAUGGAGUAACUAAAUAUCUCUUUACUCUCAUUGUAAGAGGUAUUACAAGUCGUAUUAUGCAUAUAAGACAUAAGCAUCGUCAGGAAUAUAUGGGAGCAUAUAGUCGUGAUUUACUAUCUGAAACACUUCUUCAGGAUAUCGAAUUACAAUCAAUAUCAAUUUCUAUGUGCACAGCUGAUGUAUUAUUUUAUCCAUUAGAAACAGUUAUUCAUCGUUUGCAUCUUCAAGGGACACGCACUAUUAUAGAUGAUUUAGAUACAGGAAGGAGUGUCACUCCCUUGUUAACAGGGUACAGUAGUGCCACUGAUUGCUAUCGCACAAUAAUUUCCACAGAGGGCCCAUUAGGUUUAUAUAAAGGAUUUGGAGCUCUUAUAUUACAAUUGGGAGUAUACGUAUUCGUAUUACGUGCAACUAAAUGGAUUUUAACAGAACUAGUAACAAAAUUGAGACCUAAGCCUAAAUGUAAACCUAUUAAAUCGUCUGAAAAUUUAUAUUAUAGAGAUUCAAUGUGAAUAUUUUUUUCUUUUAUAUGUAUAAGUUGUCUAGUAUAUACAAAAAAUAUCUUUAGUAAUUAAUUUAGUAGCUAGAUUCCUAUAACAAUUAUAUACAUGAUAUUUUGUGCUUCUUAACCUUAGGGUACUUCUAUGAUUAAAUAUACAAAAUAUAGAAACAAUGAAAAAUAUAUUAAUAUUGACAA